AUGGAGGAAAAGGGGAGUGGGAAUAUGGAAUAUAACAGCGCUGAUGAUGCAGUUCCUGGACGAACAGAGCAGAUAUUAUGUCAGCCGUGUUCAAGUAAGGAUAAACAAACAGUAGCUGAUGUGUUUUGUUUAACAUGUGACGAGUUUCAGUGUACAGAAUGUUCAAACGUACAUACAACGCACGCGUUCUUGAGAAAUCACAAGCUAGUGAAUGCAAAAGAAGUGAAAACGAAACCAGUCUCGUUUGAUAUGAGGGGAUUAGACCAAUGUGAUGAGCAUCAUAAAGUUUUAGAAUUCUUCUGCGAGGAUGAGAAUCAGCUUUGCUGCAGUACAUGUGCUAUUGUCGAUCACCGGAAAUGUCACAGUGUCGUAGAAAUACAGAAGAUUGCCGGAAGUUCUGCAUCAGAAAGUUCUAAAUUAAAGGUAAAGUUGCAAGAAGUAAACGAGAAGGCUGAAAAGAUCGUUAAACAUGCCAUGUCAUCAAAAGAGAAACUGGAUCAAGAUGUUAAAGAAGUGUCUUUAACAAUUAGGCGAAUGCGUGAUGAUGUAAUGAAAAUGUUUGACGAUUUGGAAAUUUCCGUUGCUAAGGACGCUGAAUCAUUUAAGACAGAAACAUUCAAUAAACUGACAAGGAAACAAUCAGACAGUGAGAAACAUGUUGCUGAUGCAACAAAAUCUAUUGAAACAAUUGAUAACGUUUAUCAGAACGGUACGCCAUUACAACAGUUUAUAUUGGAACACAGAAUAAAGAAACAAGUCGAUGAACUUAGCAGUAACGUUGACAAGGAAUGUCAAAGGUUAGAGACCGUGACCGUUUCGUUUGAUUUUGAUGACACUUUGAAAUUGCCCCCACUUUCGAUUGCUGAUUACGUUCCUGGACAACUGACAUUAAAAUACUUUGUACCGGAAGCUGUGAAACCUUUAAUACCUUUAGAUCCAAUUGUUAAAUUAACAAUGAUUACUUCCAUUGAUCUGAAGCAGACGGGAGAUGAUGCCAAGGAACCGUUAUACAAAGGACUGGAUUUCCUACCGGAUGGUAGACUGAUUGCCGUGGAUAAUAAAAACAGGAAAUGCUUGAUUUACAAUGAGAAGCUUGAGAAAGUAGGAUCAUAUCAGUUAUCGAAUAUGCCACAGAGUGUUGUUGCUGUAUCUGAGGAGGAAGUGGCGAUAACAAGUGGCCGUUACAUGACGAUAGAUUUUCUACGUGUCAGUAAAUCUAACGAGAUAACUUUGAUCAGGACAUGUGAAGUUAAGACAAAGUAUGACUCUAUAUGUAUGAAAGAUGAGAGAAACUUUGUUGUUGGAACUUACGAUGAUACAACACCUGUUCGUAUUGUAUCUCUGUCAGGAGAAGAGAAAGAUUUCAGUAUCAACUUUCCGAGCAAGAAAUAUCCUAUAGGCACUAGUGUUUGUACAUAUAUUAGAAACAGUGACAAAGUGGUUCUCACCGAUAGGAACGAGCAUACUGUCUAUAUAUAUGACAUCAAGAGCAACACCAGAGUUGUUGUCAAGGACGACCAGAUCAAGGAACCACGUGGUGUAGCAGUAGGUCCAUCCGACUGUAUCCUGGUUUGCAGUAAUAAAACAAACUCCAUUGUGCAGAUCUCUCAAACAGGUCGCAUCCUAUCAUCGUACAAGCUAGAUAUGGAAUUGCCAUACAGAGUCUGUAUUUCGAAGGACAAAUCACUUCUUGCUGUCUCAAGUAACUUGAACGGUGGAAGAAAGUUGCAGCUGUUACAAGUAACAUACUAA